AUGGAGAUCCUGGGUUGCCCAGUCAUCAAGAUCCCCCUCUCGGCCGUGUCGAUGUGGCCCAGAGGGAAGCAAGACGUCUGUGAAGAACAUCUUCACUCUGAGCAACAGAAGUGGAACUUCCGGAUGCGGAUGGAGGAACCACAGCCCUCCCACAUUAAGAAGGAAGUGGAAUACCCACCGAUCCCCCAUUUUAAAAAGGAAGAGGAGGACCCACUAACACCCCAUUUUAAAGAGGAAGAGGAGGACCCACUGACAGCCCAUUUUAAAGAGGAAGCGGUGGAUCCACUGAACCCUCACAUUAAGGAGGAAGAGAUGGAUCCACUGACACCCCAUUUUAAAAAAGAAGAGGAGGACACACUGACACCCCAUUUUAAAGAGGAAGCUGUGGAUCCACUGAACCCUCACAUUAAGGAGGAAGAGAUAGAUCCACUGACACCCCAUUUUAAAGAGGAAGAGGAGGACCCACUGACACUCCAUUUUAAAAAGGACGCGGUGGAUCCACUGAACCCUCACAUUAAAGAGGAAGAGGAGGAACACAGCAUCAGUCAGCAGGGAGAGCAUCUUGAAUGGUUGGAGGAGUUCCCAGUGAUUGGUGUCCCUGUGAAGAGUGAAGAUGAUGAGGUCAAAGGUGAAAGUGAGGAGAAGAGAGAGGCGGAGCCUCCAAGCAGCAGCUCAACUCAACACAUGACAACAGAAGCUGAUGGAGACCACUGUGGAGGAUCACAAGCAGACAAGCUCUUAGCUCCACUAUCAGAUAGUGAGGACACAACGUCACACUCUCCUGACACUGAUGAUGAAGACUCUAAAGAUGAUAAGACAUGUCACACUGACAACACACACUUCACAUGUUCUCACUGUGACAAAACUUUUAAAUACCGUUGUCGUCUAAAAACACACAUGAGAAUACACACUGGAGAAAAACCUUUUUUAUGUUCAAUCUGUGGUAAAGGUUUUACUCAAAGGCACCAUUUCAAAGCACACAUGAGAACACACAGUGGAGAAAAACCUUUUUCAUGUUCAAUCUGCAGUAAAGAUUUUACGCAAAGGCCCAAUUUCAAAUCACACAUGAGAAUACACACUGGAGAAAAAAAAAUUUCCUGCUCAGAAUGUGGUAAAACUUUUGUAAGAAAUGGAAAUUUGAAAUUACACAUGAGAACACACACUGGAGAAAAACCUUUUUUUCUGCUCAGAAUGUGGUAAAAGUUUUGUAUUAAAUCAUAGUUUGAAAGUACACAUGAGAAUACACACUGGAGAAAAACCUUUUUCCUGCUCAGAAUGUGGUAAAAGUUUUAAAACAAAUACAAAUUUAAAAUUACACAUGAGAAUGCACUCUGGUGAAAAACCAUACUCCUGUUCAAGCUGCAACAAAAGCUUCCGUCGCCUAAUAACUCUUACAGUACACAUGAGAACACACACAGGAGAGAAAGUGUUGAGUUGCAGUGUGUGUGGUGAAAGAUUCUCUUCUAAGUACCAGUGUAAGAAACACAAGUGUGCUGGUGAGAACAGCAGCUGCAAAUGAAGAUGCAGGAUUUGAAAUAAACUGUCAAAACUUUAACUUUGACUUUCUAACAACAUCAGCACAUAUAACAUGUGUGACAUCAUUGUUGUUUGUGUAACACAAUCUUGUUAUUAUGCUUAUAACAUACAUAGAGUAAAUACUUCAGAUUAGUGUUUUUAUUUCAGUCAAGUACAUGAGUUAAUAUACACAUUUGUGUACUUUAAAAUGAACAGAACAAUUUGACUGUAAAGGUGAGAAUAAAGAGUACAUAAAAUAUGUUACAUACGAUAUUCAUAAUUCACUUUUAUACUUAUUCAUAAUAGUGUUUUAUAAAUGCUUUUUAAAAUAGUGAAGGGUUCUAUAGAUGAACUCCUUUAUAUUAUGUACAUAUUUGUUUUACAUGUGUUCAAACCUUUGCUUUUGAGUACUCAUAAAUCCCUCUUAGUUCAUAUUUACUGGUUCACAUCUGAAACAUCUUCUGGACCACUUCUGGAAGCAUAUUAUUAUUUACUUUAUACAUCAUUUGAGCAGUUGUCCUUUAUACAAGAUCAUUUACUUUUAAAAUGUGUUACUUUAUGAAUCAUUGUUUGGGUCUCUAUAAUCCAUUCUAUUAAUUGUCUUUAUUACUCUCGUGUAAUAUGAAUAUUGU